UUCAUAAUCCACGACCUGUAUAAGAGUUCUAAAACCCUAGCCUCACCUGAAACCAGCAUCUCUCCCCGCUCCACUCUCCUCUGAAAAGCUCACCUCCUCUAAAAUCUUCUACAGAACCCUAAUCAAUUUGCUUCACACUGUUUGAAAAAGCUCAAUGAAGAUGGGUUAUUGUAUGAAUCACUGUGAAAAUGCUGCAUAUAGGCUCAUGUCUUCAUCUUCUUCCUCUGUUCUUCCUCCUUCCAAAAUAUAUUCAUCAAGAACCCACCUUUUCCCAUUAUAUUCAUCAAAAGCUGCAGUUUACAAAAGCUCCUCUUUUCUGCACCUCCAAUCUCGGCCAUCCGUUUUGGGUCACACCCAUUUGCGCAAAAGGGUGAAUUUUUCGAUUGUCAAUGAGCAAAGCCCCAGUAAUGAUUCUGUUGUUCAAAAGGGGAAGCAGCAGAAAUUGGGUAAAAGAACAGAUAUAAAGAAGAUUUUGAUACUGGGUGCAGGGCCAAUAGUGAUAGGACAAGCUUGUGAGUUUGAUUAUUCAGGUACUCAAGCUUGUAAGGCUCUCAGGGAAGAAGGGUAUGAGGUUAUACUGAUUAAUUCGAACCCUGCAACGAUUAUGACUGACCCUGAGAUGGCAGACAGGACUUAUAUUGAGCCAAUGACACCUGAACUUGUGGAGCAAGUCUUAGAGAGAGAGAGGCCUGAUGCAUUGUUGCCUACAAUGGGUGGCCAAACUGCUCUUAAUUUAGCUGUAGCGUUGGCGGAGAGUGGGGUGCUGGAUAAGUAUGGGGUCGAGUUGAUUGGGGCGAAGCUUGGUGCCAUAAAGAAGGCGGAGGAUAGGGAUUUGUUUAAGCAGGCAAUGAAGAAUAUUGGGAUAAAGACUCCACCUUCAGGCAUUGGAAAUACUUUGGAGGAGUGUAUCGAGAUAGCCAGUGAAAUCGGGGAGUUUCCAUUGAUUAUAAGGCCAGCUUUCACAUUAGGUGGGACUGGUGGUGGAAUUGCUUAUAACAGGGAGGAAUUCGAGACGAUAUGUAAGUCGGGGUUAGCAGCUAGUUUGACAUCACAAGUUUUGGUUGAGAAGUCUUUGUUAGGUUGGAAAGAAUACGAGCUUGAGGUUAUGAGAGAUUUGGCCGACAAUGUGGUUAUCAUUUGUUCAAUUGAGAAUAUUGAUCCUAUGGGAGUUCAUACGGGGGACUCCAUCACUGUGGCUCCUGCUCAGACUUUGACAGAUAAAGAGUAUCAACGACUUAGGGAUUAUUCGAUUGCCAUCAUCAGGGAAAUCGGAGUUGAGUGUGGUGGUUCUAAUGUACAGUUUGCUGUAAAUCCAGUUGAUGGUGAAGUCAUGGUAAUUGAAAUGAAUCCUAGAGUUUCGAGGUCUUCAGCUUUAGCCUCAAAAGCUACUGGCUUUCCAAUAGCUAAGAUGGCUGCUAAGCUAUCAGUGGGAUACUCUCUGGAUCAGAUUCCUAACGAUAUCACAAAGAAGACUCCAGCUAGUUUUGAGCCAUCCAUAGAUUAUGUAGUUACAAAGAUACCUAGAUUUGCAUUUGAGAAAUUCCCUGGAUCUGAGGCCAUAUUGACAACUCAGAUGAAGUCUGUCGGUGAGUCCAUGGCAGUAGGUCGCACAUUCCAAGAAUCCUUCCAAAAAGCAGUGCGGUCUCUAGAAUGUGGUUAUUCUGGAUGGGGCUGUACCCAGGUUAAGGAAUUGGACUGGGAUUGGGACAAAUUGAAGUAUAGUCUUCGGGUUCCUAAUCCUGAUCGCAUCCAUGCGGUAUAUGCUGCAAUGAAGAGGGGGAUGAAGGUAGAUGACAUCUUUGAGCUCAGUUACAUAGACAAAUGGUUCCUCACUCAGCUAAGAGAGCUUGUAGAUGUGGAGCAGUUCCUUCUGGCUCGCAGUUUGUCGGACUUAACAAAGGAUGACUUCUAUGAAGUGAAAAAGAGAGGGUUUAGUGACAGACAGAUAGCUUUUGCGACAAAGUCCAGUGAGGAGGAGGUUCGGUCAAGGCGUUUGUCUUUGGGUGUGAAACCAGCAUAUAAACGAGUUGAUACAUGUGCUGCAGAAUUUGAGGCUGAUACACCUUAUAUGUAUUCAUCUUAUGACAUUGAGUGUGAAUCAGCUCCUACAGGUAGGAAGAAAGUGUUGAUUUUAGGUGGUGGACCAAAUCGAAUUGGACAGGGUAUUGAGUUUGAUUAUUGUUGCUGUCAUACAUCCUUUGCCCUUCAGGACGCAGGCUAUGAAACAAUUAUGAUGAAUUCCAAUCCUGAGACAGUUUCUACAGAUUACGACACAAGUGAUCGUCUCUACUUUGAGCCUCUGACAGUCGAGGAUGUUCUUAAUAUUAUAGACUUGGAAGGACCUGAUGGUAUCAUUGUGCAAUUUGGAGGUCAAACCCCAUUGAAACUGGCUCUUCCAAUUCAGAAUUACUUGGAUGAGCGAAGGCCUAAGACCAGAAGUGGAGCUGGCUUUGUUCGCAUUUGGGGUACAUCACCUGAUUCCAUUGAUGCAGCUGAAGAUAGGGAGAGGUUCAACGCCAUCCUGAAUGAACUACAGAUCGUGCAGCCAAAAGGGGGUAUUGCAAAGAGCGAAAAGGAUGCUGUUGCCAUUGCGACAGAAGUAGGAUACCCUGUUGUCGUCCGACCCUCUUAUGUCUUAGGUGGCCGGGCAAUGGAGAUAGUUUACAACAACGACAAAUUAGUGACAUACCUUGAAAAUGCUGUUAAGGUAGAUCCGGAGCGCCCUGUCCUGAUUGACAAGUAUUUAACCGAUGCUGUAGAGAUUGAUAUUGAUGCACUUGCUGAUUUGCAUGGUAAUGUGGUCAUCGGUGGAAUAAUGGAGCACAUUGAGCAGGCUGGGGUUCAUUCAGGUGACUCAGCGUGCAUGCUUCCUACACAAACAAUUUCUGAUUCAUGCUUGGAAACUAUUAGGUCGUGGACUACG